AUGGCGUCAAUAUUCAACCAUACUGACUUCUGGCACUUAAGCAGCAACGCUGCUGCAAACAUACUUCUCGAUAAUCAGCGGAAUCUAGUGGUUCUUUUGGCCUGGAUACAAGGUAUCAUUUUAUGCGCAAUAUCGCCUCUGAUUACCUUCGGGAAUGCGUUUGUGGUUUUUGCAGUAUGGAGAGAUCCACUGAAAAACUUGCGCUCAUCACCUUCGAAUUUCAUUCUACAAUCGAUGGCAGUGGCCGAUUUACUUGUUGGCAUGGUCUUGUCUCCGCUCUACGCAUACUUGCUUUUGAAAAUAGCCGUUGAUAAAAGAAUCGCGCUUCCAUUACACGUUACAUAUUCUCUUGGCACUACCCUAGUCGGAGCAUCGCUCGCACAUCUUAUGCUUUUGUCUGUAGACAGAUUUUGCGCAGUUGUAACGCCUCUGAGAUACAAAGCCAUCAUUACCUAUCGGCGCGUUCACCAGGCACUGAUUUUAGUUUGGUGUUACUUCAUCUGCUUUGGAAUCGCAGCCUUCUUUUUUGAAAACAAAGUCUUCAUAGUUGGCCUUGUAUUUGAGAUUCACACGGUCUUUCUUCUGGAUCUCACUUUUGAUCUUUAUAUUUUUAUUCUGUAUCGACUUCGUAAAUACUACAAACUGUGGAAACGGAGAAUCAUGGGCAACAGCGUACGAGUCAGUUGUAGCAAUUUCACCGAUAAAGAAAUGCAUCUUGCGAAAAGAUUGGCGAUUGUAAUCGCUGCAUCGCUGUUCCUUAUAACUCCAUUUUUUGUGUUUAAAAGCCUGGUGUAUUUCUGCAUUCCUUGUUACUCUCGUCCAAAAGUGCUACUCGCGGCGACUGUACUAGAGGUGACAUUUACUUACUUGAACUCUGUUAUGAAUCCGUUUAUGUUCUGUUGGCGACUUCAGAAGUACAGACAAGUGUGGAAAUAUUUUGUUAAAAGGAUUUUCCAGGGUUGCACUAGGAUCAAGAAAAGAUUCAGGCGGAGACAAAGCUUCGAUACAAAACUGUAGCAAGGUGAAAUAAGCAAUCACUGACAAAAAGCUGGGCACUGUAAUCCACUGAAAUCAGGUGCACUAUUCAGACACUUUAUGAAACCACAAAAAAUAGAGAAAUGUAACGAAAAUAAUUUCAAAAGUAAAAUGAUAAUGAUAGUCAUAGAAUUAAUAAUUAGACGAAGCUCUUGCACACAUUGAUUAUGCGCAUAGUUUCAAGCGCUCUAAAAAUUUUUUAUUAUUGCUGAUUUAGGUUCGCCAUGCUUUAAAA